AUGGCGGACGUCGACACCCCCGUCACCCUGCGAACUCGCAAGUUCAUCCGUAACCCCCUGCUUGGCCGUAAGCAGAUGGUCGUUGAUAUCCUCCACCCCGGCCGCGCCAACAUCUCCAAGGAUGAGCUCCGCGAGAAGCUUGGCUCCCUGUACAAGGCCACCAAGGACCAGAUCAACGUCUUCGGUCUCCGCACCCAGUUCGGUGGCGGCAAGACCACUGGUUUCGCCCUCGUCUACGACUCCCCCGAGGCCCUGAAGAAGUUCGAGCCCCACUACAGACUGGUCCGCGUCGGCUUCGCCAGCAAGAUCGAGAAGGCCAGCAGACAGCAGCGCAAGCAGCGCAAGAACCGCCAGAAGACCCUGCGCGGAACGGCGAAGGUCAAGGGUGCCAAGAAGAAGAAGGAAUAA